AUGUACGGAACAUCCACCGGCCCUCAAACGGGCAUUAACACUCCUCGUUCCUCUCAAUCUCUCCGCCCGCUCAUUCUCACACAUGGAUCUCUCGAGUUCUCCUUCCUUGUUCCGACCUCUCUGCAUUUUCAGGCCGCGCAGUUGAAAGACACAUUCAAUGCAUCAUUACCGACCCCAACAGAUGAAUUAGCUCAGGAUGACGAGCCGUCUUCGGUCCUGGAGCUGGUUGCGCGUUACGUCGGCCAUGUCGCUCAACAAGUCGACGAGGGCGACCAGGACGCCCACCCAACAAACCUCGAGGUUUUGAAGGUCGUUCUCAAUGAAUUCGAACGAGCCUUCAUGAGAGGAAACGAUGUUCAUGCCCUCGCAUCUACAUUAACUGGCAUCCCGGACAAGAAGAUUGCUGUCGUCAAAUCAUAUUAUGCCGCGCGCGCUGCCGCAGGUCGUUCGACGAAGCCCUACGACUCCGCGUUGUUUCGCGCUGCCGCGGAUGAGACAGUCAAUAUUUACACAGUCUUUGGUGGUCAGGGUAACAUUGAAGAGUACUUUGACGAACUACGAGAGGUAUAUACCACCUACCCUUCAUUUGUUGAGGACUUAAUCUCGUCGACGGCCGAGCUCCUCCAAUCAUUGUCGAGGGACCCCGAGGCCGUCAAGCUUUAUCCGAAAGGCAUAGAUAUUCUUCAGUGGCUGCAUGACCGCGAUUCGCAGCCCGAUACCGACUAUCUAGUCUCGGCUCCUGUCAGUCUGCCAUUGAUCGGGUUGGUGCAAUUGGCACACUAUAUGGUGACCUGCAAGGUUCUGGGCAAGCAACCUGGAGACCUUUUGGAACGUAUCAGUGGUACGACUGGUCAUUCUCAGGGUGUAGUCACAGCCGCUGCGAUUGCCGCCGCACAAACUUGGGAGGAGUUUGCGAAGGCCGCCAAGGAUGCUGUGACCCUUCUCUUCUGGAUCGGUCUUCGCAGCCAACAGGCAUAUCCACGAACCUCUCUCGCUCCUUCUACGCUUCAAGACUCCAUCGAGAAUGGUGAAGGUACCCCGACUCCCAUGUUGUCCAUCCGUGACCUCAACCGUCAAGCCGUGCAAGAGCAUAUUGAUGCCACCAAUCAACAUCUGCCACAAGACAGGCACAUUGCAAUUUCCCUAGUCAACAGUGCGCGCAAUUUCGUUGUUACAGGACCUCCAAUCUCCCUAUAUGGAUUAAACUUGCGUCUGCGCAAAGUCAAGGCUCCAACAGGUUUGGACCAGAAUAGGGUGCCCUUCACGCAACGGAAGACCAGAUUUGUGAACCGGUUCCUUCCCAUCACUGCGCCAUUUCAUAGUCCUUAUUUAUCCUCCGCAUAUGACCAAAUAUUAGAGGAUGUUGAAGGAAUUGAGAUUCCUGCCAAGUCACUUGCCGUACCUGUGUUUGACACCAAGACUGGCGAGGAUCUCAGAACCUAUGGUGACAAAAACAUUGUUUCAGAAUUGGUGCGCAUGAUUACCAGGGAUCCUGUGAACUGGGAGCAAGCUACUGUCUUCACUGGCUCUACUCACAUUGUCGAUUUUGGUCCAGGUGGUAUUUCUGGCUUGGGUGUUCUCACCAACCGCAACAAAGAAGGCACUGGAGUGCGUGUCAUUCUCGGUGGCGCGAUUGACGGCACGAAUGCUGAGGUUGGCUACAAACCGGAACUAUUCGAUCGCGACCAACAUUCGGUUCAAUUUGCCGUAGACUGGGUUCGCGAACAUGGGCCUCGUCUUGUUAAAACCUCUGUCGGUCAGACUUAUGUUGACACCAAGAUGAGCAGGCUUCUGGGUGUCCCUCCGGUGAUGGUUGCUGGUAUGACCCCUACCACUGUUCCAUGGGACUUUGUCGCUGCCACCAUGAAUGCUGGUUACCACAUUGAAUUGGCCGGUGGUGGUUAUUACAACGCCAAGACGAUGACAGAGGCGCUCAACAAGAUCGAAAAGGCCAUUCCUCCCGGCCGCGGUAUUACUAUUAACCUCAUUUACGUAAAUCCUCGUGCAAUGGGCUGGCAAAUUCCUCUCAUUGGUAAGCUCCGUGCCGAUGGUGUGCCUAUCGAAGGUCUCACAAUUGGUGCUGGUGUGCCAUCCAUUGAGGUCGCAAAUGAAUACAUUGAGACUCUGGGUAUCAAACACAUUGCCUUCAAGCCAGGUUCUGGGGAUGCCAUUCAACAAGUCAUCAACAUUGCUAAGGCCAACCCUUCAUUCCCCGUCAUUCUCCAAUGGACUGGUGGUCGUGGUGGCGGUCAUCAUUCUUUCGAAGAUUUCCAUCAACCCAUCCUGCAGAUGUAUGGCCGAAUCCGUAAAUGCAGCAACAUUGUGCUUGUCGCGGGCAGUGGAUUCGGUGGUUCCGAGGAUACAUAUCCUUAUCUUACCGGAACUUGGUCAUCUAAGUUCGGUUAUCCCCCGAUGCCUUUCGAUGGUUGUAUGUUUGGUAGUCGCAUGAUGACAGCCAAAGAAGCGCACACGUCCACCAAUGCCAAGAAGGCCAUUGCUGCAGCCCCCGGUGUUGAUGACGAUGAAUGGGAAAACACAUACCAGAAACCCACUGGAGGUGUGAUCACAGUCUUGUCUGAAAUGGGUGAGCCAAUCCACAAACUAGCCACUCGUGGUGUGCUUUUCUGGAGUGAAUUGGAUAAGAAGAUUUUCUCGCUCGACAAGGCCAAACGUGUGCCAGAGUUGAAGAAGAAUAGGGAUUGGAUUAUCAAGAAAUUGAAUGAUGAUUUCCAGAAGGUGUGGUUCGGUCGUAAUGCCGCAGGUGUGACUGUGGAUUUGGAAGACAUGACAUAUACUGAAGUCGUUCACCGUAUGGUUGAACUGAUGUACGUCAAACACGAAUCUCGCUGGAUUGACCAGAGCCUCAAGAAACUCACCGGCGAUUUCAUUCGUCGUGUUGAAGAACGUUUCACAUCCUCAGAAGGCCAAGCCUCGCUUCUCCAAAAUUAUACCGAUAUUGAUACGCCAUAUCCCACAGUUGACAAGAUCUUGUCCGCUUAUCCUGAAGCAUCUACUCAAUUAAUUAAUGCCCAGGAUGUGCAGCACUUCCUCUUACUAUGCCAGCGACGUGGUCAGAAACCUGUUCCAUUCGUCCCUUCACUGGAUGAGAAUUUUGAAUUUUGGUUCAAGAAAGACUCUCUGUGGCAAUCAGAGGAUCUGGAGGCGGUUUACGGUCAAGAUGUUGGCAGAACUUGUAUUUUGCAGGGCCCCAUGGCUGUCAAAUAUUCCAACGCUAUUGACGAGCCUGUCCAGGAGAUCCUCGAUAACAUUCACAAUAAUCACAUCAAGUUCUUGACCCGUGACACCUACGCAGGCAAGCAAGCUGAUGUCCCUGUCAUCGAAUACUUCGGUGGGCAGAGUCUUCAGUCUCAUGUUGAGGAACCUGAGAUCGACGGUCUUACCAUUUCUCAAGAUGGUAGCAAAACAUGUUAUCGACUUUCGAGCUCUUCGUCUGCAGCCCUCCCUGAUCUAGAAAGCUGGAUUCAGCUGCUCGCCGGCAAUACAUACUCGUGGCGUCACGCUCUUUUCACUGCCGAAGUGUUUGUUCAGGGUCAACGAUUUGAGACGAACCCACUCAAAAGAUUACUCGCACCUACAAGGGGCUUGUAUGUCGAGAUAGUGGCUCCUGAAAAUCCUGAAAAGACCGUUAUUAGUGUCAGAGAGCCCAGUUCAUCAUCCAAGUUGGUCAAGACACUAGAGGUCAAGUUGGUUGCACCGAAGGAGAUUGCUCUCACCCUGUUUGAAGGCCGAACAGCCGAAGGUGGUGUUGUUCCUUUGACAUUCCGCUUCACUUAUCACCCCGAGACGGGAUAUGCUCCUAUUCGUGAAAUCAUGGAGAACCGCAACGAUCGGAUAAAGGAAUUCUACUAUCGUGCGUGGUUUGGAGAAAGCAACGUUCCUUUCGAUACCCCAAUUACCGCUAUCUUUGAUGGCGGACGUGAAACUGUCACAGCACAGGCAGUGGCUGACUUCGUACAUGCCGUUGGCAAUACUGGUGAAGCUUUCGUUAACCGCCCAGGUCAAGACACUUACGCCCCCAUGGACUUCGCCAUUGUGGUGGGAUGGAAGGCUAUUACCAAGCCAAUCUUCCCUCGGAGAAUUGAUGGUGACUUACUCAAGCUAGUCCAUCUGUCUAAUGGUUUCCGAAUGGUUCCUGGCGCUCAACCUCUCAAGGUCGGAGAUGUUCUAGAUACAACUGCUCAGAUCAAUGCUGUCAUCAACCAGAGCUCGGGCAAGAUGGUUGAGGUCUGCGGUACUAUCAAACGUGAUGGCAAACCAAUCAUGCAUGUCACCAGUCAAUUCUUGUAUCGAGGCACCUAUGAUGACUACGAGAACACUUUCCAGCGCAAGGAUGAAGUCCCUAUGCAAGUGCACCUUUCCUCAACAAAGGAUGUUGCUAUUCUUCGAUCAAAGGAGUGGUUCCGUAUGGAUGAAUCUGAUGUGGAACUCCUCGGACAGACUUUGACUUUCCGACUUCAGAGUCUUGUUCGCUUCAAGAAUCAAUCAGUCUUCAGCAGCGUGCAGACUAUUGGGCAGGUGCUGCUUGAACUGCCCACAAAGGAAAUCAUUCAGGUGGCCUCUGUUGACUACGAGGCUGGUCUGUCUCACGGUAACCCAGUUGUUGAUUAUCUUGAGCGAAACGGCUCCUCCAUUGAGCAGCCAGUGAACUUUGAGAACCCUAUCCCGCUCAGCGGUAAGACACCACUCGAGCUGCGUGCUCCUGCUUCCAACGAGAACUAUGCUCGCGUCUCCGGUGAUUACAAUCCGAUCCACGUUUCCCGCGUGUUCUCCAGCUACGCCAAGCUUCCUGGCACUAUCACUCACGGAAUGUAUUCCAGUGCUGCUGUGCGAAGCCUGGUGGAGACUUGGGCAGCUGAGAAUAAUAUUGGCCGUGUCCGUAGCUUCCAUGUCAACCUCGUUGGAAUGGUGCUUCCCAAUGAUGCCAUAGCUGUGAAACUUGAGCACAUUGGUAUGAUUGCUGGUCGGAAAAUCAUCAAGGUGGAAGUCCGCAACAAGGACACUGAUGAGAGCGUGUUGCAAGGUGAAGCGGAGGUUGAACAACCCGUUUCUGCAUACGUUUUCACUGGUCAAGGCUCUCAGGAGCAAGGAAUGGGUAUGGAUCUCUAUGCUAGCAGCGAGGUGGCUAAGGAAGUCUGGGACCGUGCCGAUAAGCACUUUUUGGCAAACUAUGGCUUCUCCAUCAUUGAUAUUGUGAAGAACAACCCCAAGGAACUUACAGUUCACUUUGGUGGUCCACGUGGAAAGGCUAUCCGCCAGAACUACACAUCGAUGACUUUCGAGACUGUCAAUGCUGAUGGAUCCGUUAAGUCGGAGAAGAUUUUCAAGGAAGUCGAUGAGAAUACUACUUCUUACACCUAUCGGUCUCCGACAGGUCUUUUGUCCGCAACCCAGUUCACCCAACCAGCUUUGACGUUGAUGGAGAAGGCCAGCUUCGAGGACAUGCGUGCCAAGGGUCUUGUUCAAAGAGACAGCAGCUUCGCCGGACAUUCGCUUGGUGAAUAUUCUGCCCUCGCCGCCCUUGCAGAGGUUAUGCCUAUUGAAAGUUUGGUGUCUGUUGUGUUUUACCGUGGUUUGACCAUGCAAGUCGCGGUGGAACGUGAUGAACAAGGACGCUCCAAUUACUCGAUGUGCGCUGUCAAUCCUAGCCGUAUCUCGAAGACUUUCACCGAGCAAGCUUUGCAAUACGUUGUUGAGAAUAUCUCGGAAGUUACUGGAUGGUUGUUGGAGAUUGUCAACUACAACGUGGCCAACAUGCAAUAUGUGGCUGCUGGAGAUUUGCGUGCACUUGACACUCUAACAAAUCUGCUCAACGUACUCAAAGCGCAGAAGAUCGAUAUUCAAGCGCUCAUGCAGACAAUGUCUCUUGAAGACGUGAAGGAGCAUCUAGUUACAAUUAUUCAGGAGUGUGUCAAGCAAACCGAGGCGAAGCCCACACCAAUCACUUUGGAACGUGGAUUUGCUACCAUACCUCUUCGUGGAAUCGAUGUGCCUUUCCACAGUACCUUCCUGCGCUCUGGUGUCAAGCCAUUCCGAUCCUUCCUUCUCAAAAAGAUUAACAAGACCACCAUCGACCCAAGCAAGCUGGUUGGAAAGUACAUUCCUAACGUCACCGCUCGUCCAUUCGAAAUCACGAAGGAGUAUUUCGAGGAUGUUUACCGACUAACCGGCUCCCCUCGUAUUGCCAACGUGUUGGCCAACUGGGACAAAUACGAGGAUUCAAAGGAUAGCAGCAACACUGCCGCUGCUGCUAGUUCUUAA